AUGAGUGGUGCUGGUCCGCGCAGCUAUUCGUUACAGGUCGCGAGUCCACCUCGCAACGCGCCUGGCAUUACGCAGCUUUUGGAACUCUCUUGGGAUGAGUUACUGCAUGGUAUGAGGAGGGGGAGAGACCGAACAACUCUGUCUAGUCGUUCAAGAUUCCAAGCUCAACAAUCACGAGCGUUUAAAAAGAAUGACGCGAAGAUUGCUUCGCGGCACAAUCCUGGAAAGAAAAUCGCUGCGUUAACGAACCCUGUUCUCGCGCUUGCGCGCGAGUUUGCCAAUGUCUUCCCUGACAAGCUCCCUGCGGUUCGUCCUGUGGAUAGAAAAGUCGGCACGAGAUUGAUCUUGUUCCUGGUUCGAAGUACUGCGUCGCUCGACAGUGGCCGCUCUAUCGUGGCCAGGUAG